AUGACGGAUUUUUUUUCGCGCCAUUGUUCUAGCAUAUUUGUUGAGAAAAGUGAAAAGCAGAGAGAAGAAAGAAAAAGAGUCGACUCAUCAUUUCCAUCUGCGUUGUCCGCUUUCCGAUUUCCGCACCACGUGAUCAAUCGGACUUCCUCUUCACAUUCAGAGAAUCAACCAUUAUCAGACAUUGUCAAGGACACUCAUGAAAUUCGCUUUAUUCACGUUUAUUUUUCGCUUUUCCGUCUUUUUUUUUCUUUUUUCUUUUUUUUUUUUUUUUCACGUUUUUCCUUUGUCGUCUUAGCAGUUUUUUCCUCCCUAUUUCAUUCGCUAACAUCUUCGUUCCUUCUUUCUUUUGACUCUCUCACUCUCUCUCUCUUCUUUCUUUUUUCAUUCUUUCUCGAGCUCCUUGGUCCUUUCUUUCAUUUUUAUACAUAUAUGCGUUUAAGUUUGUCCUUUUUUUCUUUUACCAUUCUCUCAUUUAUACUCUCAUUUUCCUUCGUUAAUUAUUCAUUUUUCUUCCUAUUUCGCUUCAUAUUUUAUUUCCAUUUUCUUUCUUCAUGUCAUUCCCGAUUUCUUUCCCUGCUUUAUUUCCACAUUGUUUCGAUUUUCUUCAUUUUUUUAAUCAUCUUUCGUAAUUUCAGUUUUUCAUUCCUUCUUUUUUCUUUCAACCAUUUUUUCUUUCAACCAUUUUUUCUUGUGUUUUUUUCUUUCUUUCUCAACUUCCUUCUCCCUUCCCUUCUUUAUUUCUACAUUCUUUCGAUUCUCGUCAUGUUUUUAAUCAUCUUGCGUUCUUUCACACUUUUUAUGCUUUCUUUCUUUCCUUCUUUCUUUCUUUCUUUCUUUCUUUCUUUCUUUCUCGACUUCCUUCUCCCUUCCCUUCUUUAUUUUCACAUUCUUUCGAUUCUCGUCAUGUUUUUAAUCAUCUUGCGUUCUUUCACACUUUUUAUGCUUUCUUUCUUUCUUUCUUUCCUUCCUUCUCCCUUCCCUUCUUUAUUUUCACAUUCUUUCGAUUCUCAUCAUGUUUUUAAUCAUCUUGCGUUCUUUCACACUUUUCUUUCACCCUUACCAUCUGUCUUUCUUUCUUUCUUUCUUUCCUUCUUUCUUUCUUUCUAUCUUUCUUUAUUUCUUUCUUUCUUUCUUUCUCGACUUCCGUCUCCCUUCCCUUCUUUAUUUCCACAUUCUUUCGAUUCUCAUCAUAUUUUAAUCAUCUUGCGUUCUUUCACACUUUUCUUUCACCCUUACCAUCUGUCUUUCUUUCUUUCCUUCCUUCUUUCUUUCUUUCUUUCUUUCUUUCUUUCUUUCUCGACUUCCUUCUCCCUUCCCUUCUUUAUUUUCACAUUCUUUCGAUUCUCGUCAUGUUUUUAA